AUGGGGGCCGAAGUGUGGGUCCUAAGCCCAGGACUCCAGUGGCCAGUGCCACGCACCGAGCCUGGUCGAGGCAACUCAAUUGAGUCUCCAAGAACUGCGGACAAACACGGAGGCUACUUACCGUUUCAGCGUAGAAAUGAGCAAAGCGGUGACUCGGACGGCGACCAGUCUUCUGAAGACGGCGACAAACACGAGACUGUGCCAGACGCUGCGGACUUGAAGUACGUGGAAGUGGAAAGCAGAGAUGCUGUAGCCGGCGCAUGCGCAAAGCUCUACGAUCUCAAGAUGUUCCCAAACGAAAACAGUACCGCUAUUCUUCGGGCUCCACUGUGUUUGGCACUGAGCGAACCGGAGUCCGCGGCGAGCGCCAGCCUGGAGUACACGGUGUACGUUCCCACCGAGGACAUCGGGAAAAUGGAGAAGAUGCUACCGCUUGGCGGGGCCUUCGCACCGAACGAUAACCUCACUCUGAUGAUUGGAUUGAUGUUUUACAUCAAUAUUGCUGGACAGCCAUACGCGAAGGGCAUCGACGUCAGUCUUCUAGCCGUCUCGUUCCUCAUUUUUGACGUCGGUUACGCGCUGCUGAUCAUAUUGAUCAUGUGGGUGUUUCCCAAAGGUUGGAUAGGGUUGAUCAUCGGCUUGGUAUCGGUGUUUUAUGGCGUAAGGAUUUCUGAUAGCGCUUCAUCGAUUAGUGUGCCUCGGUACAUCACGACGUCCAAGGCUGACAAGCUUCUCACAGCUCUGCUACCGGCUGAGGGCUUCUUCGCUGUCUUGAGAAUUGCCUUCCUUGCUCGAGAUUAUGAAGGAGGCACGGGCUGGUCCGUGGUUACCAGGAAUGUGCUCGAUGUGGACAACAUCACGAUACUGGAAAUCUGGCUUGCUAUGUUCGCCUGUGACAUCGUCAUGGUGUUUCUGGCUUGCUACCUCCAUAACGUCCUGCCCUGGAGCACCGACAAUCCCCAAAGGCCCUUAUUUUUCCUUGCGCCGAAUUACUGGAAUCCCAAAGGCACGGUGUCUAUCGAAGGAGCCACGCCUUCUCAGCAAAACCCCGCUAGAUUCGAGGAGAUACCGGCAGACAUCCGCCCAAUCAUCAUCGCCAACAACAUCACAAAGAUGUACGGGAAGAAGCCAGCCCUGAGCGCAGUCGAUUUCAGAGUGUACGAGUCCAAAGUGACGGUCCUGCUGGGACACAACGGUGCUGGAAAGACCACUCUCAUGAGCAUCCUCACAGGUAAGCAAGCUCCAUCUAGUGGCAUCGCUAAAGUCUGCGGCUUCAACGUGGCCACCCACAGCGGCGAGGUGCGAAAGUUAGUCAGCUUCUGUCAGCAGAACGAUAUUUUCUUCGACGACCUGACUGUCAUCGACAACCUGAUAUACUUCGCAUCGUUGAAAGGAGCAGCGUCCAAGGAUGUGUACGAAGCCGUCGGGAGUGCUUUAAGGCUGGUAGGGCUGGAGGACAAGACACCCAGCUAUCCAAGCGAGCUCUCUGGAGGCAUGAAACGCAGGCUCAGCAUCGCAAUCACAUUCGCCACAGAUCCGAAGCUCCUCAUCCUAGACGAGCCGACUGCUGGCACGGAUCCACAGACUCGGCGUGGCAUCUGGGACGCCUUGCAGAUAAAAGCUAAGACGAAGAGCCUGCUUAUAUCUUCCCACGACAUGGACGAAGCCGAUGCAAUCGGAGACCACAUUAUCAUCAUGGCGAGCGGAAAGGUCAUAUGCAGUGGCUCGACGGCAUUCUUGAAGAAAGCCUGCGGCGUCGGAUACAAGUUGACCAUUGCCAAGACACCAGGCGCUCUGCAGCUGCCAAAGGUGCUUGCGGUGAUCCAGAGAGCAGCGCCAGAGGCGACUGUUGACGAUGAGAAGCAGGCCGAAGUGGUUAUCACGCUUCGUACGCUUGACUACAAGGACUUUCCGGCCAUGUUCCAGACUCUCGAGAGCUCGUCGCGCACGCUCGGCAUUGCGAGCAUGGGAGUCACCGUGAGCACCAUGAGGGACGCUUACUUGAAGAUUAAUCUCGAGUGGUCACCAGAAGGCAAAGCGCGGGAAGUCCCCGUAGACGAGCAGGACAUCGACAACGUCUGCCGCGCUGUCGAGAAGAAACGCACGAUUACGCGAAGCUUCUACGCGCUCUUCGUCAAGCGCCUCGUCAUCCUGGCGCGAAACUGGUGGCUCCUGCUGGGCAUGUCGGUGUUGCCGCUGCUGCUCCUGCUGGCUACGCGCGAUCUCAGCAUACAGAGACCCGGGUCCGCCGGGGGUGACCUCGGCUCCACGUUCCCCGCGGCCAUCGACCUGGGCACCCAUUUCGCGGGAUCCGAGGUUAUCUUCCAGGAGACGCUUCCCAACGAACUGAGCACCCAGGUGCGAUUACUGGUCGAAUCCGAAGGGUGCACACUUCGACCCGCGAAAGACGCCCGUGAGGAGUUGCGCCGGCUCGCCCGCGACGACAUACGCCGUUACAUCACCACUUACCCGGUGGCCUUCGCUUUUGAGCCGGACCGGAUGGGCCUCCUUGCAAAUCCAACGAGCAUGAUCACGACGCCCAUCGCGAUCAACCUCAUGAGCACCGCGAUCCUGCGUGCGCUCACCGGCAAGCCGGCGGAACGAAUCGACGCCACCCUCACGCACAUAAAAGUUCGAUCCAAGACGGCGCUUCACGAGCUGAAUGCCUUCCGUUCUGACGUGUCCAGCUCCUGGAGAAUUCUGCCUGCGCUCGUCUACUCGCUGGGCUUUGCAGUUCUCGCGGCGUUUCCGGUCGACGAGCGGCUGGGCGGCGCCCGCGACGUGCAACUCAUGACCGGCAUGUCGGGCGCCUUUUUCAUCUUCGUGCACCUCGUCUUCGACAUGUUCUACUACGUCGUAUAUAUGUCACUAUUUGGUGCUGUCCACUUCAGUCUCUCCAACUACUCAGUCACCACGGCCGGAAACUUCGCGCUCAUGUUCCUGUCAGCUGCACCAGCGAUCAUCGGGAUGGCAUACGUGAUUGCAGAAAGGGCGGAGACGAGCGGAGGUGCCAUGUCCAGCGCAGUGCAGUGGGUCUACAUCGGCGGAACCGCUGCGUCCGGCCUAAAUCCUGAGCAAUGA